CUUUGUUUCCAGCGCCCACCCUCCCCGUCCCCCCGGGUUUAUUUAUUUUCUUUGUGGUGUGGGGUUAGGAGGAGGGGGCAGCGAUGUUGGGGCUAUUCCCCCCUUUACCCCGGGGCUGCGGGACCACUGCUACCGCCCCCAGUGAGCAGAGUCCGGGCGUAGAGCGAGCGGAGAGGCGCCGCUAACCUUCCGCUAUCCGCAGCCUCUCUCUCUCUCUGUCACACACACACACACACACACAGAGAGAGAGAGAGCGCAGCCAUGGGCUUCCUCCACCAGCUACAUCUCCUACUCUGGAAGAACAUCACCCUGAAACGCCGGAGCCCGUGGGUACUGGCAUUUGAGAUUUUUAUACCAUUGGUUCUCUUCUUCAUCUUGCUGGGACUUCGUCAGAAGAAACCGACCAUUCCUGUCAAAGAAGUCUCAUUCUAUACAGCUGCACCAUUGACGUCUGCUGGGAUACUCCCUGUGAUGCAGUCACUGUGUCCAGAAGGCCAGAGGGAUGAAUUUGGAUUCCUGCAGUAUUCCAACUCCACGGUCACCCAACUCCUUGAGCGAAUCAAUGAGGUUGUGGAAGAGAGCAAUCUGUUCGAUCCUGAUCGUCGCGGUCUUGAAGAAGAGCUGGAGUCUCUACGACGUCAUCUGGAAUCGAUGAAUAAUGAUCCGAGCUCAGUGGAGAACCACUUUAACAGCAGUAAAGGGUUCACUCUUGGAUCAGUUGUCAAGGACCGGGAUGAACUUCAGAACUUCUUGACGCACAACUUGACAAUGUCCAAUGAAACAGCUGGACUCUUGCUGGGAUCAAAUGUUAACUUGAAGGAGGUUUUCCGCCUUUGCUUUGGGUCAUAUCCUUCUACUGUGGACAGUGGGCUGGAUAGUGAAAAUUGGGAUGCAUUCAAUGCUGGAGAGAAACUAUUACAGAUUGAGGAGCAUCUCCUUGGAGGCUGGAGGAAGCUUGAAGGAGGACUGAUUCAUAAGGCGCUGAGUGACCCAGAGAAAGUGGCAUACAGACAGACACUGGUCCAGUUGUUGGCCCAUGCACUUGGCCUGGCAGGAUCCAGUAACUCCACAGAUGGCUAUAACCCAGAGGCAUUGGUUAGAGAGAUGGAGAAUAUAUUGUUUGCACCCAAAGUAUUGGAGUACCUGACUUGUAACGAUGAACAGGAUGAUCUGCAGAAGAUCCUCACAAUCCCUGCCUCUCAGAAGGUUCGGCUCAGCAGUUACCGGGCAGCUGUGUGUAACACCACCGCCAAGUUACAGAAGGAGCAUUUCCGGGAACUCGCCAAUAAACUUCAAAGCCAAGUGGACAUCCAGAAAAUUGUGGAGAAGCUCAAGUUGAAUGAGGUGAACAGCACAGCCGUUCAGCAUCACCUUCAGGCCUUACUUGAAGACCUCAUUGAGGUGGAAAAAAUCUUAAAGGAUGUAGAUGCCUUAUCGGGACUUGCUAGGCUGCUCCCAAAGGGGGCUUGUGCAGGCAAAAGCCCACCUACUGCUGCCAAUACUACCAGCUGGAACAACAACUUCACAACCACCAAUGCCACCUCGGAAGAGGACGAGGAGCCUGAGAAGGAGAAUCCUCACACCCAGUUUUCUGCUUUUGUUCAGCUCUGGGCUGGCCUUCAGCCAAUCCUGUGUGGGAAUAACAGGUACAAUUACAAGCUAUCCCUCAUGUCCACAACUGCGUUUGGGCUUGGUUCGAAGUAUUUUGCUCUCUAUGAGGUGGCAGGUGUUGGAAUUCAGUGGCAUACCUUGAAUCAGUCACCAGUAGAAGGAGAUGAUUUCAACCUUCUGCUCUCCAUGGUCAUGCUCAUCGUCGAUGCUACAGUUUAUGGAGUACUGACAUGGUACAUCGAAGCUGUUCAUCCAGGGAUGUAUGGACUGCCAAGACCAUGGUACUUUCCAUUCCAAAAGUCCUAUUGGCUGGGCAAUGGACGAAUUGAAACAUGGGAAUGGUCCUGGCCCUGGUCCAGAAGCAGUAGGCUCAGCAUCAUGGAGGAUGAUCAGGCUUGCGCAAUGGAGAGCAGGAGGCUGGAGGAAACUCGUGGGAUAGAGGAAGAACCGAGCCAUUUGCCCCUAGUGGUGUGCAUUGACAAGCUGACCAAAGUCUACAAGACAGGAAAGAAGCUGGCCUUGAACAAGCUAAGCCUCAACUUGCAUGAGAAUCAGGUGGUGUCAUUCCUGGGACACAAUGGUGCUGGCAAAACCACAACAAUGUCUAUUUUGACAGGACUGUUCCCACCCACUGCUGGCUCAGCCACAAUUUAUGGGCAUGACAUUCGAACAGAAAUGGAUGAAAUCCGGAAGAACUUGGGGAUGUGCCCUCAACACAACGUUCUGUUUGACAAACUGACAGUCGAGGAGCAUCUCUGGUUUUACUCCCGCUUAAAGGGGAUGGCUGAGGAUGAAAUUCGCAAAGAAAUGGACAAAAUGAUCGAAGACUUAGAACUCUCCAAUAAGCGGCAUUCUCUGGUGCAGACACUAUCUGGUGGAAUGAAACGCAAACUAUCUGUUGCCAUUGCAUUUGUUGGAGGAUCCAAAGCAGUUAUUUUAGAUGAGCCCACAGCCGGGGUUGAUCCAUAUGCUCGGCGAGCAAUCUGGGACCUAAUCCUGAAGUACAAACAAGGCCGGACAAUCCUUCUGUCCACACAUUACAUGGACGAAGCUGAUCUUCUGGGAGAUCGCAUUGCAAUCAUCUCACAUGGGAAGCUGAAGUGCUGCGGGUCACCUCUGUUCCUCAAAAGCACCUACGGGGACGGCUACAAGCUAACUGUGGUGAAAAAGCAGCCUGACUCUCAAACUAGCCCAGAUUCUGGCCAAGAUCUCAGCCCUUCAUCGGGCUCUCCCUGUUUGGAGACCAAGGUCAGCCAGUUUAUUAAAAAAUACGUUGUGUCCACCAUCCUCGUCUCAGACACCAACACAGAGAUUUCCUACAUCCUGCCAUCAGAAGCUGUGAAGAAAGGAUGCUUUGAAAGGCUUUUCCAGGCCCUGGAUCUGAACCUGGAGGAUCUGAAUUUGACUAGUUUCGGUUUGAUGGACACCACACUGGAGGAGGUGUUUCUGAAGGUUUCUGAAGAAGAUCAGUCAUUGGAGAACAGUGACAUAGAUGACAAAGAUUCAGGGAAAGAAGCCUUGCAGACACCACAUACGGAGAAUGAAAAUGGUCGCCAGAAAGACAUCCGUCCACAAGAAGGUACAAACAAUCUGAAAGUGAACAUGAGCAAUUUGGUCACCUGUGCAAGGCUAAGCCAAUCCCAGUCCUCUGUGCACUCCUCCUCAUCUGUUGGUUCUGUCCGAGGUGAUGAAAUGGGUGGUUAUUCCGAAUUCUACGGAGACUACACACCGCUCUUUGAUAACCUGAAUGAUCCAGACAACCUCAGUUUACAAGCAGAACCAGAACCUGACCUGAAGAGCUUUGUCCUGGAGGGUCAAGGGAGUACAAAGCUGGAGGGGUCCUGGCUGAAACUGUGCCAAUUCUACGGGCUGAUAGUGAAACGUUAUCACUGUGCCAAACGCAACACGAAGAGUCUUUUCUCCCAGAUCCUGCUGCCAGCCUUCUUUGUGUGUGUAGCAAUGACAGUGGCACUCUCAGUGCCUGAAAUAGGUGACCUGCCUCCUCUGAUUCUUUCCCCAUCUCAGUACCACAAUUAUACCCAGCCUCGUGGGAACUUCAUACCAUAUGCAAACGAAGAGAGAAAUGAGUACAGGAUAAAGUUGUCACCUGAUGCCAGCCCACAGCAGCUGACAAAUACCUUCUAUCUACCCUCGGGGAUUGGAGCUACCUGUGUCCUGAAGACUCCAUACAACAGCACAUUAGACCAGCUGGUGCAGACCCUCAAUCUUUCCACCAGUGAGACCAAGAUGCUCGCCUCCAAAUACUUUGACUCCAUGUGCCUGGACUCAUUCACUCAAGGCCUCCCACUGUCAAAUUUUGUCCCACAGCCACCGUCACCUGCUCCGUCAGAUUUCCCGGACAUGGGAAAUGAUGGAGGAACGUACCCCUGGAAUUUGACGACAUCACCAGCUACAAUGAAAGAAACAGUUACAACAUCCCCAUCAGCUCCACGUCCCAUACAUGAGCCAGUUCGAUGUAGCUGUUCGAUGCAAGGAACUGGUUUCUCCUGCCCAAAUGGAGUUGGAGGGCAUCCCCCACAGAAGAAAGUAGUGACAGGCGAUAUUUUGGUGGAUAUUACAGGCCGCAAUGUUUCUGAGUACAUUCUGCACACUUCUGAUCGCUUCAGGCUUCAUAGGUACGGAGGCCUGACAUUUGGCAACGUGCUCAAAUCUAUCCCAGCAUCCUUCAGUACAAAGGCUGCUCCAAUGGUGCGGAAGAUUGCAGUGAGGAGAACUGCACAGGCAUUUUACAACAACAAAGGCUAUCACAGCAUGCCUACCUAUUUGAAUACCUUAAAUAAUGCCAUUCUCCGAGCCAAUCUACCCAAGAGCAAGGGCAACCCUGCGGGAUAUGGGAUCACCGUGACAAACCACCCAAUGAACAAAACCAGUGCCAGCUUAUCUCUCGAUUACCUUCUGCAGGGCACGGAUGUGGUCAUUGCCAUUUUCAUCAUUGUGGCCAUGUCCUUCGUGCCAGCCAGCUUUGUGGUGUUCCUGGUGGCAGAGAAAUCAACCAAAGCAAAACACUUGCAGUUUGUCAGUGGAUGUGACCCUGUGAUCUACUGGCUGGCCAACUACGUCUGGGACAUGCUCAAUUAUCUGGUACCAGCGACCUGCUGUAUCAUCAUUCUCUUUGUGUUUGAUCUGCCAGCCUACACAUCACCCACCAACUUCCCAGCAGUGCUUUCGCUCUUCUUACUGUAUGGUUGGUCAAUCACACCAAUCAUGUAUCCAGCCUCCUUCUGGUUUGAGGUUCCCAGUACAGCCUAUGUCUUCUUGAUUGUCAUCAACCUCUUCAUUGGUAUCACGGCAACAGUUGCUACAUUCUUGCUUCAACUUUUUGAACAUGACAAGGACCUGAAGGCUGUGAAUAGCUACCUGAAAUCCUGUUUCCUCAUCUUCCCAAAUUAUAAUCUGGGCCAUGGACUGAUGGAAAUGGCUUACAACGAGUACAUCAAUGAAUACUAUGCAAAAAUAGGCCAGUUUGGCAAGAUGAAAUCCCCUUUUGAAUGGGACAUCGUGACACGCGGCCUUGUUGCCAUGACGAUCGAAGGGUUUGUGGGCUUCUUCAUCACCAUCAUGUGCCAGUACAACUUCUUCAGAAAGCCACAGCGCCUGCCAGUUUCUAACAAGCCGAUAGAAGACGAUGAUAUCGAUGUGGGGAACGAGAGGAGACGUGUGCUGCGAGGCGAUGCAGAUACUGACGUUCUUAAAAUUCAAAACCUGACAAAGGUGUACAAGUCUCGUAGGAUGGGCAGAAUCCUCGCGGUGGAUCGUUUAUGUACAGGCGUGCGUCCUGGGGAAUGCUUUGGGUUACUCGGAGUGAACGGAGCUGGGAAGACGACAACAUUCAAGAUGCUGACUGGCGAUGAGAGUACAACUGGUGGAGAGGCCUUUGUAAAUGGAAACAGUAUUCUCAAGGACCUGCUGAAGGUACAGCAAAGUAUUGGAUACUGUCCACAGUUUGAUGCUCUUUUCGAUGAGCUCACUGCCCGGGAACACAUGGAGCUCUACACCAGACUACGUGGAGUCCCUUGGAAAGACGAAGAGCGGGUUAUAAAUUGGGCACUCGAUAAACUGGAACUUACAAAGUAUGCAGACAAGCCUGCAGGAACAUACAGUGGUGGCAACAAAAGGAAGCUGUCUACUGCCAUUGCUUUGAUUGGCUAUCCUUCUUUAAUUUUUCUGGAUGAACCAACAACAGGAAUGGAUCCCAAGGCACGGAGAUUUUUGUGGAACCUAAUUCUUGACAUCAUUAAGACCGGGCGUUCAGUGGUGCUGACAUCACACAGCAUGGAGGAGUGCGAAGCACUGUGCACGAGGCUGGCCAUCAUGGUGAAUGGACGCUUCAAGUGUCUUGGCAGCAUCCAGCACUUGAAAAACAGGUUUGGCGAUGGUUACAUGAUCACUGUCCGCACCAAGGCCAGCUUGUAUGUGAAAGAGGUUGUCCGCUUUUUCAACAGAAAUUUCCCUGAAGCAGUUUUAAAGGAGAGACACCAUACCAAAGUGCAGUACCAACUGAAGUCAGAAAACAUCUCACUGGCUCAGGUUUUCAGUAAGAUGGAGCAAGUAGUUGAUGUAUUAGGAAUUGAAGAUUAUUCCGUCAGUCAAACCACACUGGACAAUGUGUUUGUAAACUUUGCAAAGAAGCAGAGCGACAACCUGGAGCAGCAGGAGACAGUUAGCACUGGGAGUGUGCAAUCACCUAUCAAGCGCAUCCUCAGCCUGCUGCGACCAAGGGGCGCCACAACAGAACUGCAGGCUCUAACUGUUGAAGAGCCUGAAGAAUUGGAGAGUGACGACGAAGGGCUUAUCAGCUUUGAGGAGGAGCGUCAGAGUGAUGUGUGCCACAACCACAUUAGCCACCUGUCCUGUCCAUGUUCCUUGCUGAGAGAUUUUGUGAUGACGUGGGAACUGCACAACCCUAUUUUGCCUCCCAAUUAUUUCCACCAAAGAAACAAGUUCAAAAGCAAAGCAAUGUUUGAGAUUCACUGA